AUGGCACAAGACCAUCGCAACAUUGUUAUGCUGCCCCUGGUGCAUUCAUCGAGGAUAUUCUUAGUGGGGACAGUGCUCCUGCGCGAGCUCCAAACCUUCGCGCUCACAAGGGCCGGGAGGCAGCCGGUGCGCCGCUCCGUUUGCCAGGCCCACCGUUUCUUUUCCGCUCUCCCGCAAGCUCGGGGCACCAGAAAUCAUCCCCGACAUGCAACGUCGCGAAACAUCACGACCGCUCGAGGUUCGAGCCUCGGCGUGAAGGGAAACCCAGGUCGCCCGACGACGACGACGACGACGACGACGACGACGACGACGACCGGUUUUUCCAGUCCGAAACCAAGGCAGAAGCGCUCGAUGUGA